UCUAAAGACAAAAAGAGUUAGUAGAAAAGCCUGAGGAAUGGAUGUAGAACUCAGGUUACACUGGAAGGCAAGAGUCAGCUGCUGCUAGCACAGGGAGAGGCACUCAGGAUGGGAUGCUGGAUUUUGAAUGAAAAACUCUCAAUGCUGUUACUACUGGUGUGGCUGGGACUCAAUUUCUAUUUGUUUAUUGAUACCUUCCACUGGUAUGAAGACGAAGAUGCUUACAUUUAUACACGGAUUAUGCUGGGAUCAACCCUGGCUUGGGCAAGAGCUUCUGCAACGUGCCUUAAUUUUAACUGCAUGCUAAUCCUGUUACCAGUCAGUAGAAAUCUUAUUUCAUUCUUAAGAGGAGCAAGCAUUUGCUGUGGAGGAGCACUGAGGAGACAGCUUGACAAAAACAUCAUGUUUCACAAGAUGGUUGCCCAUGGAAUAGCUGUAAAUACAACCAUCCAUAUUGUUGCCCACUUGAUCAACAUUGAGCGGUAUCAUACCAGCCAGUCAAAGGAAGCCGGGGAGCUACGAAAUAAACUUUCUGGCCUUGGCAAGAGCCCAAAUGAAAGCUACUUGAACCCAAUCAGGACCUAUGAAAUGAACACAACAGGAGAGGUACUUACCACCAUAGCUGGAGUAACUGGAGUUGUGAUAACUGUGGCUUUAAUUCUGAUCACGACUUCAUCCACUGAGCUCAUCAGAAGGUCAUGCUAUGAGGUGUUCUGGUAUACCCACCACCUCUUUGUGGUUUUCUUUAUUGGUUUAAUAAUCCAUGGUAUGGGCCAGCUUGUCCGAGGUCAGACGCCUCAGAGUCUGCUGCGUCACAAUGUCACUUACUGUAAAGAUCGCUACUGGGAAUGGGAGAACGCCACUCAGUGCCCUUUGCCGCAGUUUUCUGGCAACAAACCUGUGGCUUGGAAGUGGGUUUUAAGUCCUAUGGUGCUGUAUAUCUGUGAAAGAAUUGUUAGAUUUUGGAGAUUUCAUCAGGAGGUGGUCAUUACUAAGGUGGUGACACAUUCCUCUGGAGUGCUUGAGCUUCACAUGAAGAAACGUGACUUUAAAAUGGGACCUGGUCAGUAUAUCUUCCUACAGUGCCCAUCUGUCUCACAGCUGGAGUGGCAUCCUUUCACCCUCACCUCUGCUCCUGAGGAGGACUUCUUCAGCGUUCACAUACGGGUCACCGGGGAUUGGACUGCAGCUGUCUUCAAGGCCUUUGGAGCUGAGGAACAAGCUUUCAAGGAACUGUGGACGUUACCAAGACUGGCUGUGGAUGGACCAUACGGAUCUGCAACCACAGACGUCUUUCACUACCGAGUGAGUGUGUGCAUUGCAGCAGGAAUUGGAGUCACACCAUUUGCCUCUAUUUUAAAAUCCGUGUGGUACAAAUGCUGCAACCUUAACACAGCACUGGUGCUGCAGAAGGUUUAUUUUUACUGGAUUUGUCGAGACCCAUCAGCAUUUGAAUGGUUUGCUGAUCUUCUGUUCCAUUUGGAAACAAAAAUGACUGAAAAAGGGAAAAAUUAUUUUCUAAGUUAUCAUAUAUUUCUUACUGGCUGGGAUGAAAGUCAGGCUACUCACAUAGCCCUGCAUUAUGAUGACAAGAUAGAUGUAAUUACUGGUUUGAGACAGAAGACCUGCUAUGGAAGGCCAAACUGGGACAAUGAGUUCAAGAAACUAGCUGAAAACCAUCCUAGCAACAGUAUUGGAGUAUUCUUCUGUGGACCCAAGACCCUCUCUAAGAUCAUUCAAAAGAUGUGCAACUCGUAUUCAUCAGUUGACCCCAGAGGAGUUCAGUUUCACUACAACAAAGAAAGUUUCUAAGCUGUACUUCUCAACUACAUAAUAGGUGCUACCAAAUUGCAUAUUUUUUUCCUCACCUUCUCCUGUCCUCAACUCAUUCUGUAGCAUUCAUGUCAGAUAUUAGGAGUUGUAAGUUGAAGUAGGUGUGUUGACUUCAGUGGAAAAAUACCAUCCUCUGCCAACUAAAGAUAUGGACCCCAUCCUUAGCUUUUCCUUUGAAGAACUGAAUGGUCGAUAUUCCAUUUCUAACUUGACUGUGCUGUGAAUCCAUCCACACCUGUGUGAAAGCAAGCACAAACCACUGAACUUUGAAGAAAAAGAUAUGAGUAAAAUGAACAUUUAGAACUGUACCUCACUGUUGUCUAUGAUCAAACUACUACCACAGGCAAUACUCGUGUUCCUACUGCUUAAAUUGUGCCCAGUCAUUGAAGGUAUUUUCCUUCCUGGUGUUCUAAUUUUGCACUUCUUACAGCAUCCACAUCCACAUCAGCUUUUGUGCUGUAGCAGUACUGUUUAAACACACCCGUUCAACAAAAUUCUUUUGCCCUGCCAAACUAUGCAUAAUUUAAACUUGCCAUUUCUGCAGUGGUGGUGGCUGUGCACACCAUAAGUUAGUAUGUUCUGAGGGUUAAUAUGUUAAGGGGACUCCAGAAAUUUUUGCACUCAGCAAACAGAUCUCCUGAGACAGGCAACAGAAACUGUGGAAAAAAGUUUCAGGUGCCUUUUAAAUUGGGCAUGGAAGAAUGGGCUUUAAAAGAUACAGAAUCACAGAUAUCAUGGAGUGAUUGAGGUGGGAAGGCACCCCUGGAGAUCAUCUACUCCAACCCCCCUGCUCAGAGCUGAUUCUGUAAAAACAGGAGUGAUAUUUACAUUCUUCCAGUCCUCAGGAACACCAUGACCUUUUGAAGAUAUUGAAGAAUGGCCAGCUCCCUCAGCGCUCUUGGGUGCAUCCCAUCAGUUCCCAUGGCUUGCUUUAAAUGCUCCCUAACCUGAUGCUCUUUCACUGAGGCUAAGUCUUAGUUACCCCAGAUUUUCCCACUUGCCUCAUGGGCCUGGGAUCUCUGAAGGUCAGCCUUACCUGUAAAGACCAUGGUGAGAAAGGCAUUGAAUACCUCAGCCUUCUCCAUGGCUUGUGUACCAUGUCUCCCACCUAUUCAGCAGUGGGUCAAUGUUGUGCUACUCAUACUUUUGCUACUUAUGCAUGCAGAGCAGCCCUUCUUGAUGCCUUCACUUCUCUCACCAAAUUCAACUCCUGAUGACCUUUGGCUUCCCUAGCCCCAUUCCUGCACACUCGGUGUCUCUAUACUCCCCCUAGGCUACCUGUCCCUUUUGCCACCUCUUGUACAACCUCCUUUUUGUGCUUGAGUUUUGUCAGGAGGAACUUUUUCAUGCAUGCAGUCCUCCUACCACCUUUGUUUGAUCUACUCCACGGCAAGAUGGAUAAUUUUUGAGCUUGGAGGAGGUGAUUCUUGAAAAUCAUCAUGUUUGACUGAACUCUUCUCUAGGACCAUAUUGCAUGAGGUCCUUCCAAGCAGGUCCUUCAACAAGCCAAACUUUGGUCUCCUAAGCCCAGGGCUGUGAUCUUGCUAUUUGCCUCACAACUCUUUGGGCCUGGUCAUCCAGCUAGUUCUUUACCCAGUAAAGAGCAUGCCCAUCCUAGCCAUGAGCUGCCAGUUUCUUCAGAAGAAUGCUGUCGGAAUAGGGGAAAAACAAAAUAAAAAAUACAGGACUGUUGUAACAUUCAUGUAAGAUAGAAAAGUGAGAAAAACAUUUCCCUAUACCGCAGCCUAGAAAGAUAAAGAAAAACUAUAUUCCAGUUGGACUGCAGUGUAACAGAGCUCACUUGGAUCACAUAAUGCAUUUACCAAGCCACACAAUAAAAAUAGAAGUCCGAAAACAUCCUAUGUCUGUCAGCACUUGAAUAAAACAACUGACAUUAUAUAUGUAUACUUAUACACAAACACAAAAAUGUCCACUAGAGAGGACAUAACUAUAUAGACAAAAGAAACAAAAUAAUAAAAAUUAUGCCACAGAAGA